CAGUGACCUAAGGGAAGAGGGAUUUCCAUCAUUCCGAGGUAUAAAUCUAUCAAUGCGUGGAACCAAUACACCAGUAUCAGUAAACUAAUACCCAGGCGCCGCUACCAUGACUGUCGUCAGUCCGGCGGACGGCGAGGGCUCUGCACCGGGGAACGCCGCGGCCGUCCGGCCAGCCGCCGAGGCUGAGCAUGAGCCGGAGCCGAGAGGCGACCUCGGUCCACCGAGUGACGUCACGCCACCGGCCGCCGACGCCGCGGGCGUACGGGCCGCUGACCCGGCCGCCGGCGACAGCGAGGCGGACGACUCUGGCGCUGCAGGGACGGACUCGGAGGCGGCCGGCACCGACGAGCGGCCGGGUCCGCCCACAGUCGGCGACAAUGACAGCGACUCUGAGGGGCAGGGGGAGGAGGAGGAGGAAGACGAGGAAGAGGUGUGGAGGCAACAGAAGCGGGACCAGCUGCUGACCCAGCUGCGGACCGAGCCACUGGAUAUGGCGGCGGUGCGCGAGCUGGCCCUGUCGCCCGGUGGUCUGCUGGAGGACGCGCUGCGCCGGCGCGUCUGGCCGCUGCUGCUGCGGCCCGACCGCCGGCUGCCGGAGGCGCCGCCGCUCAGCGACGCCGAGCUGCGCGAUCACCCGUACCACCACCAGGUGCUACUCGACGUGGAGCGCACGCUCAAGCGCUUCCCGCCGGGCAUCGACGACCAGGUGCGCUUCAGCAUGCAGGAGGGCCUCGUGAGAGUGAUUGUCCGCUCGCUGGCCGCCCACCCGGAGCUGCACUACUACCAGGGCUACCACGACGUGGCCAUCACCGUACUGCUGGUGUGUGGCGAGCAGCUGGCGCUGCCUGUCCUCUGUCACCUUGCCGCCCACCAGCUGCGGGUGUUCAUGGCGCCCACCAUGGAGGAGACGCGCGACCUGCUUACCUACGUGCUGCCGUUGCUCGAGGCGGAGGACCCGCCGGUCUGCGAGUUCCUGCUGCGCUCGGAGGCCAUGGCCACGUUCGCGCUGUCGUGGCUCAUCACGUGGUUCAGCCACGUGCUUCCUGACUUCGCGCUCAUCACGCGCCUGUUCGACUACGUGCUGGCGACGAGCUGGCUGUCGCCGGUGUACCUGGCGGCGGCCGUGGUGCUGCACCGCCGCGACGAGCUACUGGCCGGCGAAUGCGAUCUGGCGGCCGUGCACAGCCUGCUGGCCGACAUCCCGGCGCACCUGCCCUGGGAGCGGCUAUUGGCGCGCGCCUCGCGCCUGCUGGCCGAGCUUCCGCCCGAGCGGCUGCAGCCGCGCGUGGACGCGCUCAACCGGGUUGAAGACCUCUACGGCCAGAGUUUGGUCAUCUUGUCUCCCUUCCUCGGAAACCGAUAUCACAAGGCCUUCACCCUGCACCUCUGGAGAGCUUCCGCGGGACUCAUGCAGGUCUGA